GCUGACCUACGUUCAGUCGUGCAUCCUGCGGCUGCUCACGCACCUUGCCAUGCUUCAAGGAGCCUUCAGGAACAACAGAGGAAUAGGUGACAUGAUCCACCCGAGGCCCCAGGAUGUUCUCGCCUUCCUGUUUCGCCAUCUUGAAAUGGACAUGCGCGUGCUGGGACAGACUCUGGAUCAGAACACAGACAACACAGCGGUCACAGUUCACUUGAUUCUCAACGCGUGCACAGACUUCCCUUCGGGUUCCCGCGGUGCAAGACCGGAUCUGUCGUCCAGGCAAGGACGGGAGCAGUGGGAGAAGCUUGUCUGUAAAUCAGUCAUCAAGCCAGUGCAUCAAGUUUUGCAGCAGAGACUCCCUGAAGCCUUGGAGAGAAUCAGUGCAGACGAUGGCCUAGCCGGAAGCCCCCUGAUGUGUCUCCUCUUCGGGGAUCCAGGGAGCAUGUUGUCCCUCCCCGCCGACUGUCCCACACAUCGUUCCUCUUUCUGGACUCUCCCGGAGACCAUGACGGUGGAGCGCCUCUCUCAGCUGGUGGGACAGUCGGAGGGCAGUGCUCUGCCUCUGCUCGACGCGUUCCUCAAAAAGAUACACUGUGUGAGGCAGUUACAUCACCUGCCGGAGCUGGCAGCGUUGCAGUCUGACCUGCUGAGAGUGUUUCCUCUGACAUCACACUCUUCACCUCAGACCAUUGCACAGAUGCUGCAGAAGAUUCCAGCAGGGUGCCAGAAGAAGAGGCUGCAGGAGAGAGUGGAGAGAUUCAUCCGGGUGUGGAACCUCCUCAGAGCAGAGGUGGCAAACAACUCUGCAGACUUGGGCGUGGAUGUGAACUUGUGUGAGAAGGAGCUGACGACCGACAGCUCCGGGGAGUUUCUGACUCUGAGUCGACACGGACCCGGGUCGUGUCUCCAAAACCUGGUGGACUUCCUGUUGAUGACUCACAACGGCCUGGUGAGAGAGGCCCGCGCAGUGAGCCGCCAGGAGGACAGUGAAUACAGUAUCUCAUUAGACCGGAUAUCAGAGACCCAGCUGACCCUGUGCCACCCCGAGAGAGAGCUGCUGCCUCUGGUUCUGGCAAAGUGUCACUACACGCUGAAGAAAGGUGGAGAGACAGACAGCAGCUACGACCUGCAGGGCGUCCAGACGCAGCUGGCUCGUCGCUUUUUCUCUGGGAAACCACUCAUCCAAGCGGACACAUCCAGGUACUUGAACAGACAUCUGCAAGAUUUCUCCGUGGUUCUCACCGAGGUCAGAGGAAAGAUCCCUCAGGAGCCGCUGAAGGGUUCGGUCUGCAGCUCCAUGAAAGCGGUGCUGCGCUCCUACACGGAUGUUUGUGACGCCGUGUUUGCGGUGGAGAUCGGCCUCCGCUUUCUCGGAAAGACGGGCGGGGAUCGUCAGUGUCAGCUCCUGUCCUACCUCACUGACUCGCUGCAGAUGAAGCCACAGAUUUCCAGCACUGUAGCCAAGGGUCUUGGAGAGAGCAGACUGGAGCACAGCAUAUUCACCUGGCAACUUCUAACCUGUUGGAAGUCGGAGCUCAUGCUGAACAGGAAGCAAGACCCCUUUCAGAAGCUGCCCUCAGAGUUCCAGCAGGAGCUCUCUGAGGAGGAGAGGAAAGGGCUGAAGGUUUUCCUCGCUGUCACAGAUGUCGACGUGUUCGCUCUGGAGCUGCAUGAAAUUCUGCUGCUGAAGACGAGCGAUGCUGUGCCGGACGAGGGUUACCAAGCACACUGGGACAUCAAGUCCACCUUAGAGGUCCACCUGGAGCAGAAAGACCUUCCAACCCUGCUGGGGCUCGAGUCUUUGCCAGAGGAAAUCACUCUUGGGCAGGGGGCUGAUGUGUGGAGGGCAGCUGUAGAGUUUAAAAGGCGAUAAAUCAUACUGACUAAUUGAAUGCUGUUUGUUGCUCAUCUUUUUCUAUUAUGUGAUUUUCUCUUUUUUUUUUAUUAUUCAAAUGAUUCCUGGAUUUUUUUUAAUUGUCAGUGAUUAAUGCAUUCCAUAUGAGAGCACUUGUUCUGGUUAAAUGUGAUUUGUUUUAUUUUUCAUAAAGCUUUUUUAAAUGCUGAAAUGUUGAGAUGCCAGGUGGUUGAAUCCGUUUUAAUGUAAUACAUAAUAAUGUUUUUAUUGUUUGAUUACGUUUGAGUGAAGCAUCAAUAAAUACUACUGGUGGACUGGAA